AUGAGAAGUACGCUUACGUAACGCUGACUGUUUUUCUUGCGUGUGCUGUAAAGCCUUGUAAAGCUCUUGUCGCAGCACUUAGCACCAGUUCCCUUCAUACUCUCCAGUGCAUGUCCGUGCACCUCCUGCUACCGGGCAUCCUGCGCGCCCAAGGGCGUUCAGUCGCUUCUCUGUCUCCAAAGUCAUGCAUAUCGUUCCGCUCUUUCUCUAAUUUUCGACCUGUACAACCCUACUCAAGAUCUACGCUCGCAUAUACACCAUCUCAACUAAUAACCCAACCCCGGAUCCAACCUCUAACUGCGCAGCCGUGUCUCCGACGCGCGCUGUCAUUAUUCCCUUGGUCGAAAGCAUCGUCUACGCCUGCCCCCGCAGUCGUGGCGAAAGUUGCUCGUCUAGAAGCAGACGCUAACGCUAAUCCAGAUGAUGUUGCUAAGCAGUUGUCCCUGUAUCAAGUCCUUGUAGACACGCAAGUGAAAGCUGGGUAUGAAGUAGUAAUAACCCGUUGGGAAAGGAUGUGCGAAUUCAAUUCAGCAUCACCAUUACUUCGGUCCGAUGCGGCGUUCCAGCUGUAUCUUACAUCCUUGCUCAAGACUGGUCAAGAGGCAUCUGUCAACUUAGCCGUUCGCCGACGCGAUUCGCUCCUUGCUGCUUCAGCUGAUGGUACUACUACCGCUUCAGAAACCUCACCAACCGAUUCCCCUGCUACUUCUUCACAUUCCCCGUCUGACGCUCCUUCAACAUCAUCACCGGCACCACCUCCAUCCCGAAGUCAAGAGAUUGCUUCCGAUGUACUUGCAGGGCGCGCAGAACCUUUGCUCGCGACUUCUCGACUUGAUGGUGCCCCGGCUUCCCAGAGUUCAGACAUGGCAAAUCUUGCAGCUGCCCUGAGUAAGGGUAAUGGCGUAAGCGGUAAUCCGAUACAUGUCACUAUCAGUGAGCCGAAAGGGUCUACAAUCAUGCGUCUUGUGCGGUUCUUGGUUUUGACUGCCUUGGGUGGAUUCUUCAUUCUUGUCAUCUUGUCUGUCCUCUUGGAGAAUUCUGGCCUGCUUAAACCCGUUCCUCGGCAAGCAGAGUUUGAGCCACUUCAACAGAAGACCAUACGGUUUAGCGAUGUUCAUGGUGUUGACGAAGUAAAGGAGGAACUUCACGAUAUCGUAGAAUUUUUGAAGGAUCCCACUGUCUUCGCAUCUCUUGGCGGUAAACUUCCCAAGGGCGUCCUGCUAACAGGUCCUCCCGGUACCGGUAAAACGAUGCUCGCCCGUGCCAUCGCUGGAGAAGCCGGAGUGCCAUUUUUCUUCGCAUCUGGCUCCGAAUUCGAGGAGAUGUUUGUGGGUGUUGGUGCUAAGCGCGUUCGAGAGCUUUUUGCGAUUGCCCGGAAGAGACAGCCUGCCAUCAUCUUCAUCGAUGAAUUGGAUGCUGUUGGUGGCAAGCGCAGUCACAGGGACCAACAUUACAUGAAACAGACCUUGAAUCAGCUGCUCGUUGAAAUGGACGGUUUCUUACAGAGUGAAGGCAUUAUUGUCAUUGCCGCGACUAAUUUCCCGGAAAGUCUAGACCUCGCCUUGACGCGCCCGGGGCGCUUUGAUAGGAUCAUCGCUGUGCCUUUGCCCGAUAUCCGCGGCCGAGUCCAACUCCUUCAACACUUCAUGAAGGAGGUAGUCGCAAGUGUUGCUGUCGACCCCAAAGUGUUAGCGCGGGGUACCCCGGGGUUCUCCGGUGCCGAACUGCAAAACAUGGUUAAUCAGGCUGCCAUACAAGCAUCAAAAGAAGGAUAUAGUGAGGUCACAUUAAAGCACUUUGAAUGGGCCAAGGAUCGCAUCCUUUUGGGAGCUGAGCGGAAGAGCGCGUACAUUGACGAGAAAAACAAGUUGUUGACCGCUUAUCACGAGGGAGGACAUGCCCUGACAGCCCUAUAUACAGAAGGCGCUAUGCCUCUCCACAAGGUUACGUGUGUUCCCCGUGGUCAUGCGCUAGGUGUUACUUCCCAACUUCCCGAAGAUGACCGAUAUUCCGUAACGCAGACGGAGUUCAAAGCUACGAUUGACGUUUGCAUGGGCGGUCGCGUGGCCGAGGGACUUAUUUAUGGGACCGGGGGCCUGACAAGCGGCGCCUCAUCCGAUCUUCAGCAUGCCACUCGUACGGCAACGGCUAUGGUCAAGAAAUGGGGUUUUUCGGAAAAGGUUGGCCCAGUAUUCUAUAGCGACCAGGAUGAAGCGAUAAGCCCUGCAACGAGGGAGAAGAUCGAUGUGGAAAUCACCAAGUUACUGCAACAAGGCGAGGCGCGGGCAACCAAACUUCUGACGGAGAAGAAGGAGGAACUACAUCGGCUUGCACACGCCCUAGUAGAAUAUGAAACUUUGGAUGCCGAAGAAGUAAAAAAGGUCAUUAAGGGCGAGCCAAUACGGAAUAACAGGGAGAAGAUUUCUCACGAUGAGGUCGCAGAGGUGGCGUCAGAGGAAAUUCCUGCACUGACAUGAGGUGCAUUUACUUUUUGCACUACCAUUAGACUAAGUUGGGGUUAGGACGUAUAAUGCAUAUUUGUAUAUCUCAGGGCUGAGUUGGAAGUACUCCUCACUUUUUAUUUGGUUGUCUGUGCUUCGUUUUGAGAGCUGCAGUGUGCUCUCAAUGACAAAUGAAAGGCAGUCUGAAA